UAAACACAAUGAAUUCAUCCUCUGAUGUGAUUGGCUGAGAGGGCGGAACUUCCGACAACGCAGUUUGGACGUUAAGUGACUGACUUCAUCUCCUUAAAAUUAGAAGAAAAAGCGAAGGACGACGCGUUACAAGUUUUAAAACAAUUGCAAUGAUUUUCAGACAUGGACGACAUAAACCUUCAUAACCGCUUUCUGAACUGUAGGAGGCAAUUCCGAGCACGUAUGUUGCGAGCAGCACGAUACAGAGAGCGACUCAAAAAGAUGAUCAGAGAUGGAGACGUACUCAGAUACGAUGGAAAUUCAGAUGAAGUUGGCUGUUUUGUGGCAUCCAGGCCACUGUCGAGAAGAAAUCGCUAUUUUGAAGUGACCAUCAUGGAUACAGGAGUAAGGGGGAUGAUUGCUAUCGGUUUGGUGCCUCAGUUCUACAAACUGGACCAUCAGCCAGGCUGGCUCCCACAGUCCGUGGCUUUUCACGCUGAUGAUGGAAAGCUGUAUAAUGGAAACACUGUAGGACAGCAGUUUGGUCCAAAAUGCUGCAGAGGUGACAAAAUUGGCUGUGGAAUGUCCCUGGACAGUGAUGAUGGGCAGUUCACUGUGUUUUUUACCAAGAAUGGUAAAGAAGUUGGCAGUGUGGAAAUCCCAGCAUCUCCUGAUACUCUCCAUCCCGCUGUGGGAAUGCACUCUCUCGGGGAAGAGGUGCUGCUGGACCUGAAUGCUGAAUGGGGGGUGGAUGAGGAUGAUGUACAGAUGAUAGUGGACAGUCAUGAAGAGGACUGGAGCCGUCUCCAUGAUAUCAAAGUGACUGGCAUGUUGCUGGAGUACAUGGGGAAAGGGAAGAGCAUCGUGGACGUGGGCUUGGCUCAAGCUCGUCAGCCUCUCAACACGCGCUUCCACUACUAUGAGCUAGAGAUCACAGAUGCUGGAGAGAAAUGUUACAUCGCCCUGGGGCUGGCACACAGGGACUACCCUAAAAACAGACAUCCAGGUUGGAGCAGGGGCUCCAUAGCCUAUCAUGCAGAUGAUGGAAAAUUGUUCCAGGGAAGUGGGGUUGGGGACCAGUUUGGACCACGCUGCUUUGAAGGGGACAUUAUGGGCUGUGGGAUCAUGUUUCCACGUGACUUCAACCUUGAAGCUGGAGAAGAUGGAAAUGACUGGGACUUCGAUGAGUGUCUGAAGCCCAACAAGGUUGAGAAUGACUCGUAUGCAAACAAUGAAGAUGAAGAGGAUCGGGGGGAAGAUUUGGAUGGGAGGAAGGUCACGGUGUUCUUCACUCGAAAUGGAAAAGUGGUGGGUCGAAGGGAAGUGGGCUUACCAAUAGGAGGCUUCUACCCCACUAUUGGCAUGAUGAGCACUGGAGAGAAAGUCAGAGUGGACUUGCACCCCCUGAGUGGCUGAAUACAGUGGAGGAAAUAGAACUGAAAGGUGAAAUCAGACCAAAAGGAGUGAUUGAGCUCUAGUACACCGAACAUUAAAUAAUACCUCCAUGUCAACAGGCUCCAAGAAGUCACUCCAGUGUAGGAGGUAACUGUGGCUCCAUCGUGCUGUAGGAAUGAUCUAACAUGCUGCCAUACAAUUUCUAGUAGGAACUAUCAAAAUAAUUUAUGUUAAUGUUACAUGUGUGCCUAAAAAUAGCUUUAUAAUGGUUUCAUACUGUAAGAAAUUGUUAAACCGGUGUCACAGGUUUAUAUGGGUAAAACACUAUUUUUUUGACAUUUGUUUGUGAGUUAAUAAAAUGACAUAAAAGGGUCUCAGAGGAAACUGAAGUUUAAAAGCCAAAUAAAGCAGGCCCCAGCUAUCAAAUGGACCCAAUCUGUCCUAAUAAGAGGAUUAUCAUUAUCUACAAUAUAAUAUUUUAGCAAAAGUGUAGCACCGCUCACACAGGCUGCAGCCGUUCUGUGCUAACACCAGAGGUCUGCCGUGCUACUUCCAGUUGAUGGUGUAUUACUGACACUCAGUGGUGAGAGCGACUAAGUUUGGAAAAUCGUUCUCAGAACAUCUUCCAGUGAAAAAGUCGUGCACUGAAUGAGUGAGUUUACACUGUGAAACAAUUGAGUGCAGCUAGCAUCUUUAUUGCUGUGGUUGUCUGAGUGCGGGCACUUGUUCUGACAUGGAGUCAUUCCAUACAGUUAUUAUAACAUAUUGCAUGGCAACUGUGUGAACCACAUAUACUGGGCAAAAUGGGAUAGUUAAGUGGAAUAGCAGUUUGUUGAAAUAAAUUCAAACCACAAUUAGGACCUUUAAUUUUUAUAUUGCAAUGAUCAUUAAAAAGUAAAAUUCCAGAUCAGGCGGUUCACUGAUCAUGACUAGCUGUCGUCUUUUUUUUUUUUCUUUUUUUUUUACACAGGUAUGAGUUUUGUUGUUGACAGUGUACUGUCACUACAGUUCAUAUUUGUGAUCAUCCACGUCUAAAAGAUGUUGGAGCCGAACCAAAAAUCAUGUCGGAAGAAGGUCAGACUAACUUGACCAACAGUUGCUGACAUGUCGUAUCAGCUUCUGUUUUUACCUCUUAUAAAUUGCUCUGCAUGUUAUUUUCCACUAGAGAAAAAAACUUGGAGUCCAAGUACAGCCGGUGCUUUAUAUAUUCUUUGAGUAUGUACAAUUAGACUUAGACACAUACACAAUCAAACAAAAAAUACAAAAUAUAUAUUCUCUUAAUGAAAGUGAUGCCAAGCAUACUAUUUUUCUUUAUGAGAAAUCAGACCUUUAAACCUUUUGAGAAAUUAGACCAUUUGAACAAAUGAAAUAUUACAAAAAAGACACCAUGAAUCAUCAACGUACAUAGGAUGAAAUACCAAUUUUGUUCAAAAAAGGAGAAUCGUGAAGAGCAGUUUUCUUGAGCAUCAACCGUGUCAGGACACGUAAUCGAUGACAAAACAUGGUAUAGUAGCUCUGAAUGUUGAAGCCAUAUCUAAGACUUAUUGCUCUCAGGUAUAUUUGAAAAUCAAAAUGACCUUGACUUUUUAUAGGUAACUUUUGUAAUUUUGCUGCAUGUUGAAUACAGCUGUUGUUUCCCACAAAUGUUAUUUAUCAUUAAUGCUUUUGUUAAAAGGUUUAACGUUAAAACUCGGUUAUUGUUUCUCAGAAAUUCAUCAACUCAUACUACACUUAAAACAGGUUUCUCUGUAGAUUUCUGUCUUUUAUUUAUAAACAAAUAUCAAGUGAGCGCCACUAGUGACAACUUGUAAAAGGUUUAAAUUGGUUAAUUAAUGUUUUAUUUGUUUUAAUCUGAUGAAAUGGCUACCAUUGUGCAAUUUAUGUGUAGCUAGUAUACUUUACAGUGAGAUGCUGAUUAGAUUUCAGAUGUCUGUAAUGACCAGCAUGCUCUCAACAUGUGAUCUGAUGAGCAAAAAAAAAA